GGCGGAGGUUCGUUUAGUCUUUUUCUGCCAUAUUAUGUUCAUUAGUCAAACUCGAAGACAAACCGGCCAAAGCUCCAAUUAUCCGGUUUUUGAAAUAAGGCGACGUUCUAGAACUGAAGAUUUUUUGAAGUGAGAAACAGAAAAGAGGAGAGAGAGAGAGAGAGAGAGAGAUUAGUCAAAUAAUGCCUACAAGCAGAAUCCACCAUCUUUGAAGCAGAGGAGUUCCCUCUGUUUUUCUGGUGCUAUAGGUCGAUAAAAAGAUGGCUGAUAAUGGAAGAGUACAUCCAGAGUGUGUUAAUGCUUCCAAUCCCUAUCAUGAAUGUGGGGUAGCUUGCCUUGAAAAAAUCUCACAAGGCCAGGGAAAGAAAGAGAAGAAAAAAUCAGAUUAUCGCAAUGGAAUAAAACAGGGUGGCUCUAUCAAAAAGAUGGACGGUGAAAGAAGAGUUGACCCAACUUGCCCUAAAGCCUCUAAUCCUUUCCAUCAAUGUGACAAAUAUUGCUCUUAUAGAACUGCUGAUGCCAGUCCUCGGGGGUUUAGCAAAGAAUCAGGCUCUUUCAUUCUCGAAGCUUCUCGAAGCUUUGGCAGAAAAAAGAAGGGAUCUGAAUCCCAGCCAAAGUCCCCUCAAAACAAUAUUUCUGCUGUUAAAGCAGUGCACCCUGCUGACACUCAGCCCCCUCGAUCACCUUUGCCCACUAAUAAAGGGGUGGAAUCAGUGAACAGUCAUUCUUCAUCAUCAUCCCUUCAACAUUCUGAAGAAGCUUACUCUCAAGGUCAUUCUUUUGACAAGGGACAAGCUCGAUCCACUGAAUCUGUGCCUACAUCUGGAAAUCUGACGCCUAAUGGUACCAAAAGCCUUUCACUUGGUAACCUUACCUGUUUUGCCAUUGCACCGCCAAGCAAUCCAGAGGACAAUGAAAAGCUUCAUGUUUCACCUGAGGAAGCUUCAUCUCCUAUUGCUAAGAAUAUGGAAAUCACUAAUGGUCCCACUGCUGAGUCUCUGAACUUCACUUUUUCAGGCAUUUCCCGAGCUUCAGAAGAGAGCGAUGAUGAAAUUGAGUCUGUUAUUUCUGAUUCCUGCGUCUCAAUAGGAAAAUAUCAUGUGAGAUCAAGUGCUGCCUCUACCUUACAGUUAAUCAUUGACAAGUAUGGAGAUAUAGCAGCAAACUGUCGGUUAGAAUCAGCGUCAUUGCGUGCAUAUUAUCUCGAAUGCCUUUGCACUGUGGUUCAAGAGUUGCAAUCCACAUCUCUUAGUCAGCUAACAAAAUCCAAAGUGAAGGAAUUUUUGGCUGUUCUCAAGGAUGUAGAGUCUGCACAAAUUGAUGUUAGCUGGCUGAGGAGUAUACUGAAUGGACUCACAGAAGCCAUGGAGCUCAAUAAUCAGCAACAAGCAGCCGAAGAAGCGAAAACCAACUGUGAUAAUGCUAUAGAAUCAACAAGGAAAGAUCUAGAAACCAUGGUGGAGGACUUAGCUAAAAAAGAAAAAGCAGUUGCAGACACCAAGGCACAAAUUGAGGAAACAAAGGCUCGCUUGAGUAAGCUUGAACUUGAAUCUUCUCAAUUGAGUGAUACUAUUUUAUCUGUCCGGUCGAAGGUCGAAAAAUUUCCAACCAAACCAUUGGCAGAUAAGAUCUUGUAACUUGGUAAGGAGGUAAAAAAAAUCAAAUAAUUUCAUGUCUUAAAUGUAUCUUGCUAUGUUCUUUAUUCUAUGUUGCAUUUUAAGUAAGUGUAUGAUGCAUAUAACUUUAUGGGUAUGGUAUUUGUAGUUCUUGAGAUAAGAUUGUGAUAUGGUCCAAAACCUAAGUAGUUGGUUUGAGGCCUUUUAGAUCA